AUGUGCUGCGCGGUGUCCGCGCUGGUGAUGCCUUUGGCUUUACCUAGACUCGACAUCGGCGAAGGUGACUUCGUUGCGCUCUGUGAUGCGCUGAAAGUAUCGGAGGGCGUGAGGGAGAAGGCGUGGAGGACGUACGAGAGCUUAUCGGCGGCGGGGGGGGCGAUUGCUUAUAACAAAAAGAAAAAGGAAACAUGGGGCGUCUGUAUCUUUAUUGUAGCAGUUGAUCUGGAUGAAAUUACAUUCACUUUCACAGAGCUUCUGAAAAGUAUAAGCAUAAGUGUGUGCACAUUUUUUCAGUUUCUGAAAGAAGUGGAUGUUAACAUGGAUACUAUAAGCACUAAAGUUGAUAGCACUGUAUCAAGACUGAAAAAGAAAUACGAUGUAUUACUUGCACUAUACCACAAGUUUGAAAGGACUUGUGGCCUUAUUUUUCUGGAACAACCUAGUAGUGAGAUUUCUGCUGAACUCAGUUCUGUAUUAGUCCUAAAAAAUUACUGGAUUACUUUUUUGCUGGCAAAAGGGAAAGUGUUGCAAGUGGAAGAUGACCUCGUGAUUUCUUUCCAGUUGUUGCUCUGUGUCUUAGAUUAUUUUAUCAAACUGUCACCUCCUGCUAUGCUCAAGGAACCAUACAAGUCUGCUGUGACUGCAGUGACUGUUAAUGGUUCAGCUCGAACACCAAGAAGAGGUCAGAACAGGAGUACACGCACUUCAAAGCAAAUUGAUACCGAUACAAAAGUUAUUGAAAUCCUUUGUAAAGAGCAUGACUGUAAUUUGGAUGAGGUCAAAAAUGUGUAUUUGACAAGCUUUAUUCCUUUCUUGAAUUCUAUUGGUGUUGCAGCCUCCAAUGGACUACCGGAGGUUGAAGUUCUCUCAAAACAGUAUGAUGAGCUGUAUCUCAAAAAUAAAGAUAUAGAUGCAAGAUUAUUUCUGGAUCAUGAUGCAACUCUACAGCCUGAUGUCAUAGCAUGCUCACAGUUGGAGAGGACACCAGUAAAAAACAAUCCAGAUGAGGAACUUAAUCUUAUGCUUCCACAGACUCCUGUUCG